CUCCUCCGUGAACCAGCUCUCGCGGAGCAUUGCGAAUAGUCCAGAGAUUUAGGGGUUUUGAUACCGGUGUCAGUCGAUUAUCGUUACUUGGAUACUGAAGCAGUUUGAUCCGCACUUGAGCGCAGUCUGCAUAUAUUUAGAUCUGUCGAGCACUCGGCUCUCUCCAGUUACCCCAGCACCGAGAGUUCAGUCCACCGAUCUAUAGGAAUCGCGGCCAUCUCAACUUCGUCGCCAUGCCGUCUCUUAUCGCUUCCGCGGAUAAGGACAAGAUAAAACGAUCAAUCCCCAAGGCGACCAACAAAAUCGUCGAGGCUACGGUUGCUCGUCUCUAUAUUGCAUACCCCGAUCCUACCGCCUGGACGUUCACGGGAAUCGUCGGCGCGGUCGCGCUCGUCAACGAUUUGACCGGAAACACAUUUUUUCUCAAGAUCGUCGACAUAAUUGGCAACCGUGGUGUGAUAUGGGAUCAGGAAUUAUAUGUCGAUUUCCAGUACAACCAAGACAGAGCAUUUUUCCACACAUUCGAGCUAGAAGAGUGUUAUGCGGGACUUUUAUUUGCCGAUGACUCGGAGGCUCACUCUUUUCUGAAGAAGGUCCAGCACAAAGAGAAGUACGCGUCUAAAGCCACGAUUGCCAACAAGAAUGCGAUAGCGUUGAAGAAGAAGCCAGUUACUGCUGCCGCGGGGCCUCGUGGAGACGUGCUACGUUAUCAAAAGCUUGGAAAUAACUAUACGCUAGCUCAGAUUCACCAAGAGACUGAGAGCGAUCAGAAGAGUGUUAUGAGUGCAGAUAGUGGUGAGGAGCAUGAUCCUAAUAUGAAGAAGGUGCUGGAGAAGUUGAGCGAAAUUGGUAUUACGGAAGACAUGCUCGUGAACAGUGAUCCUGAGCGCAUAAAGGAGUUGAUUGCAAAGAACACGGAAUCAUCGGCGUCCAGAGUUGACAAGAAGGCCAAGGGACCGCCACCUCCACCUCCACUCCAGCCUCCUACCUCACGAGGUUCAUCAAAGCCUACACCUCCUGCUCCUCUCUCAGCACAAUCGACGGGCGCAUCAACUCCGUCUGAUGGUGGAAGUGAGGCUUCUGCUCCAUCAGGAACGAUGUUCAAGGUUCCUCCCCCGUUCGUGCCAACCUCAAAUGCUCCGCCUCCUCCAGCCAACCGAGCUCCCCUUCCUCCACCAUCAAGUUCAGCGAGCCCGAGUCCAACUGGACCUUAUGCACAGCCUCCACCUCUAUACUCCAAUACUCCAAGUCCCCCCGUUUCGAAAACUGCAUCACCCGCUCCUACGGCUCGCCCUCCUCCUCCUGGCCAAAAAUACAACGUGCCUCCUCCUUUGGCAAAUGCAGGCUCGCAACUUUCUGUGGUCCGCCCACCACCGCCUCCUGUUUUGGCGCAAAAGAACUGGGCUCAGUAUGAGUAUGGCCAGUCUUCUCCUCCUCUGGCCCAGCCACAGCAGCCUUUUCCGUAUGGCCAGCAACCUGCUGGUCAGCCCGGGCAACCUCAAUUUGGGCAGCCUGGCAGAUCGAUGCCGCCGCCGCUUCCAUCUAGAGAAGGUGGCCCAUUACCAGCGGCGCCUAAUAUGGCGAAUAGGCCAGUUCCAAUGCCUCCUUCUCUGCCUCCUCGAGUUCCAGUGCAAAACGGACUUCCGCCUUCUUUCGCACCUACUCCUUCGCCCGUUACACCGUCAUCAACCGGAAACGCUCCACCACCCCCACCGCCCCAUAAGCAUGGAUCACGCAACGUUCCGCUCCCGCCUGCUCCACCAAGAGGAACAAACACUGCAAUGGCACCUCCACGGCCACCCCCUCCGCCUGCUAGCUAUGCCAACAAUAGCCAGAGCUCAGCUGGGCCGCCUCCACCCCCUCCUCCUCCGCCGCAAUCUGCAUACGGUACACCUAUACAGCAGCAGCAGCCGGCUUACCCCAGUUACCCGCAGCAGUCUGUGCCUCCUGCGCCUCCGAUGAGUACGAGCAGCGUACCCCCCGCACCUCCUCCACCGCCUUCCAUGGGCUCUGGUCCCCCACCUCCCCCGCCUCCUCCGCCAGGGUUCGGAGCUCCAACUGAGAGCUCAGCACCGCCUUUACCGCAGGUUGGAGGCGGUGAUGGCCGUGACCAGCUUUUGGCUUCGAUUCGAGGCGCCGGUGUACAGAAGCUCAAGAAGGUCGACAAGACGCACUUGGAGAAGCCGCUGGUCGUGCCACAAGGUGGUGGUGGCGGUGGUGGAUCUGCUGCUUCUGCUGCUCCCGUUGAUGGACCUGGUGCGAAUCUGCAGGAUGCCCUCAAGGCUGCGCUGAACAAGCGGAAAACGAAAGUAGCAGGAAGCGAUGACGAAGGAAACGAAGAGUGGUGAGAUAGCCAAAGAAAGGAUUUGUAGAGUGAAAUUUUGUAGAGAUAUUUAGUCACAGCAUCGGAGAGUUCUGAUCUUCAACCUACAUGUAAGAUUUUCGGCAAAAACUGAACUGCUUGUUUUUCUUUUUUCGAGCAUCGAAGAGCGCGGCGACAUUGUAGCAUAUACUACGUUUUUGUUGUUUUUUUGUGUGAUCGCAUGGCAUAUUGUUACCUGUAUUCUCGUGCGUAUCUUUAUAAUUUGAUUAAAAAGAGAAUUUAUAAGCAUUCAA